UGUAAGGUUUUUUAGUGAAAACAAGCUAAUUUAUUUUUUAAUAUUGUUAUUUAGUACAAUAAAAUCGCAAAGCACAUCUCACAUAUACUGUAUACAAUAAUGUUCAGCAAAAAAAAAAUCCAAGACACGUAAAAAAACAAGGCAUAAGAUCACGUGAUAAUGGUAAUAACCAACCGAGAAUAUAGUUUUAAUAACCUGAAGAUCAUACAGAUCAGAAAGAUCAAUGGCAAAACAUGUAUUUUUUACAGUGAAACGCCCAUAUCACUUUUGCUUUUUCUCUGCCAACCUUUUUUUCUUUACCAACCUUUUUUCCCUAUUUUUCUCCGCCAACUUUUCCUUUUCCAACUUCUCCUUUGCCCUCUUUUCCUUUACGCGACGUUUAAGUUCCACUCUACACCGGUGUCCUCCAUAAUGGCACGCACCUUUUCUGGGUGGUAGAGGUAGUUCGCGAGACCCUCCAUGUUAUUAAUUCUUAAGAUAUC